UUAACUGACAUAAAAUUUAUAUACGUUUUAUGGGUCCCAAUUGCCAAUACCGAAAUUUUUGAUUGCGUCUUGUAUACUUACAGGGCAGCACGUAACCUUAAAUUUUAUCCACUCUCCCUACGCUUGGCUGUUGAUGAUGACGGUCCUUUAUCUUUCAUCAGCUCAACAUUCGAAGUUGAACUAGCCAAUGGAAGUCUCAAGCUUCUUAAAGAAUGCUCUACAUGGGAAUUGUUAAAUCUUAAGCCAACCACAGUGCUUGAUAUACCUGUCCAAUUAUUUAAUAAAUAUGGAAUUUCCUCUCAAUUCUUGCAGGAAGUGCUUAAUGAAAAAUACAUCAUUCAGACUGUUGGCAAGGAUUACUUAGAGAAGAAGUUUAAUAUUACAGAACCCACUGUGUAUUUUGCAAGUGAGACCAUGCAUUAUUCUUGGCCUAAGGCUAUUGUGGGAAUUGGUUCACAGAACUUGAUACCAGUCCCUGUAGACAAUGCAGCACGUAUGGAUACAGAUAAACUUAAAGAGUCGCUCAAAAUAUGUGUUGAAAAAAGACAGGCUGUCUACGCUGUAGUGGCAAUUAUGGGAUCAACAGAACAUGGUGCUUGUGACCCAUUGGGGAAUAUAAUAGAGCUUAGAAAAGAGUUUGAGCGUGAUCAUGGACUAAGUUUUGUCAUUCACGCAGAUGCUGCAUGGGGUGGCUACUUCCGUUCCAUGCUUAUUAAACCACAUCGUAGUUCUCUAAAAGCUCGUCGUCGACCGGGUCUUGAGGAAAGAGAUGAUUCUUUUGUACCUUUGUUAGCAUUACAUCCUCAUACCGAAAAACAUCUGGAUAGUCUAAAGGAUUGCGAUUCUAUCACCGUUGAUCCACAUAAAAGCGGUUAUGUCCCAUAUCCAGCUGGUGGUCUAUGUUAUCGUGAUCAACGCAUGAGAUAUUUGGUUACAUGGACAAGUCCAGUCAUCAAUCGAGCUAAUGAAGAAAGCGUCGGCAUUUAUGGUGUAGAAGGAAGCAAGGCAGGUGCAGCUGCAGUAGCAACUUUCCUUUCUCAAGAUGCCAUUGGCCUCCAUCAGAAAGGUUACGGAAUGUUGUUGGGUCAAGCAACUUUUUCAUGCACUAAGAUUUAUUGUCAUUGGGCUACCAUGUCGACUAAAGAUGAUGACUUUAUCGUCACUCCAUUUAAUAUGCUUCCUGCUGAGAAGCUUGGUCCGGACGAAGUUGAGUGUCAGAAACAAGAAAUCCGCACGCUUAUUGUUGGAAAAACAAAUGAUCAAAUUGUAAACUGUGAAAAAGCCAUGGACCUUAUCAAGAAACUUGGUUCUGAUCUCAUGAUUAACACCUUCGCAUGUAACUUCAAGGUAGAUGGCGUGACAAAUAAGGAUGUUAUUGAAGCAAAUUAUCUCAACCAACGUUUAUAUGAAAAAUUUUCACUAACUACUUCCAAAGACAAAAAUGUGGAUAAGCGUCUAAUAUUAACCUCCACGCAAUUUGAGCAGAAACAUUACAAAAACUGCUUGACAAAUUUUAAGAAUCGUCUUGGUCUGGAAGGUGACCAGGAUCUGUACGUACUAAUAAAUGUUGUCAUGUCUCCCUGGGUUACUGAAUUUGAAUUCCUUCGUGAAUUGACAACAACGUUUAAAGAGACUUUACAGGAUAUUGUUAAGCUUUCAGUCUUUCGUAAUAAAGUUAGGCCAGAUCUUCAUGCAUUUGUUAUGCAAGGCGUCGAGAAGCUCUAUUUAACACAUUUGCCCAUGUUUCAAAUGGAAAAUCACCGUCAGCAGGUGAUCAUCACAGCAGAUUUACCAGAAAAUAUAAUGCUUCAAUACAGGAAUGCUCGUCUAGAGAAUUCAUCACAUGUUUUCUUUCUUGGCAAUCAAGAUGAGAUGGAGCUGGACGAUAUCGCAUGCAAUGGAAGUUCCUUUAAAGGGGUUAUUUACAGGGAUUUUGAUCCAAAGACCGAAAUACCUAUUACAUGGAUCAAGGAUUUUCAAGUGACCAACGUCCAAGUGCUCAAGAAACGCCAUCUAGCCACAAGAUACCAAGAUAAUUACCCGAAAGACCACAUGCCAUUCUAUCUUUACGGUACCGAACAAGAAUUGCAUAUUGACCACAUGCUGCUCAAAUCUCCAUCAAUUCAACUUUCGGCUGAUCGUGUUGAGCUCACCCUUACUUCUGGCGAAUUGACAUCAACUCAGAAAGAAAAAGGGGUUAUUGUUCACUUUACUGAACCUGAGAACACAUUUUUCUUUCAACAUGACCGAAAAUUUAUGGUGGAACUUUAUAACGACCCAAUGCCUGACCCGUAUCAAAAUGGGCCGGGUUUGGACAACGUUGAUAAAAAGAACCCAAUUGCUCAUGGAAUGAUCGUGCUACCGUCUAGGGAUAAGGGAUGUUUGUAUGCUGAUUCUUAUAUGGUUAAUAAGGACCCUACUGCAAUGAAAAAGGUUAAGGAUGGUGAAAUUAAGGAUCGACCAGGAAUCAUACCGGUACAUCGAGAUUAUGCUAAAAAGUUUGAUCAUAAGGAUGAGUUGCAUUGGUAUGAGGAAAGGGCGGAAUAA